AAAAAUGACGCCAAGAACCGUGAUGAUCUCGAUCUGGAAACAAAUCGCAAAUAUUGUGGUUCCCUACAAAAAGCCUGUAAAUUCCUAUUUAUCUACUCACUCCCCUUGACCCAUGUUGAUCUCACCGCCAACUCCAUCAUUCACACAUUUUCCCAUGUGGCUCGUCAUCUAGACCGCACCAUGGUCCUGCCUGACUUCAGUCACCUUCCCUAUUGCAUCGAAACAUUAAAAACAACGUUUCCCACCGUAAACUUUAUCUCCCAAUCGAAAUUUGAGCGAUGGACCAGAGAACGGUUCAGAAAACCCAUCGCCCAACAUUUCCAUAUCACCAAUGGGACAUUCGCACCGUCGGUAAUUUCCCAUAAUGAACCUACACAGGAUAAUUCGCAUCAUAGUGUCAACUGUUUCAACAGGUUUGACAUUCAAUUGAAUCAUGAGAGCACUUAUCACAGUUUACAAGUUGAACGGGACGCGUUAUCCGACUUGAGGAAGCUUUUAAUAAAAUCUUUCCUCCACUCGGACGCCGAAGUCUUGCUUAUUAAAAACGACAUGGAUCAAGACGCGGGCUCACAUCCGGUUGCAACGUAUUCAACUCGCAUCGCAUGGGAAGCGUGGAAGAUAAAGAUGGCGUUGGGACCGUACGUGGCAGUGCAUUGGAAGAUGGAAGAGAUGCGGGCGGAGAAUAUGCAUACUUGUGUGGAUCGGUUGAAGAGUAAGUUGAUGAAGAUUAAGAAUAAAUAUGGGAUACAGAAUGUCUAUUUGUCAACGGAUUAUCCCAUCUCGUCGGAGUUUGCACAUCCGAAUUCGUAUAAACGGUUUAAACAACAUCACCACCGAGCAAUUUUAAUGCUGAACUCCACGGUAAAUAUCAAUUCGUGGAUCAGUUUGGGCGCUGGUGAGUUACGCCGAGAAUUAGAGAAUUUCAGCGGUAAAGAUCCAGGGAACGGAAAUAAUAGAGGGGGCGAUGGACUCGGCGUAUUUGGGGAUGGAGAAGUACAGAGGGUAUUGGAUCAGAUGGAUGUUGCAAACAGCGGAGCAUGUUCGCACGAACGGUGGGAAACUCUCGGCGAGAGAUCUCAGAAGCGGAAAACAAGAGGUAUCCUGUUUCACCUACUCCUAUACGUUCAGGCUAAGGACCUGAUGGAGACUCCCGAUGAAGAGGAGGCGGUACCGAUGCCUUACAAUGAUGGGAUUUGCACUUGUGAUUUUUUUAUCAUUGCAAAUUGUGAAUAUGUGGAUGAAACGGAAGAAAGAGAAAAUUAUGAUCCAGUAAAGUAUCUGGACUUGGAUCCAAACUUAAACUUUGAGUUUCCACUUGGCACUACCGUUUACCAUAUAACUCGAGAAUUCCAUAAAUCCACUAGAUCCAACAUUGGACGUCAUGUGACAGCCCUUGCCAGCGCUCAGUCUGCCGAUGGUUCCCUUUCGGUCAACAUAGUGAUGCCUUACUACUCUUUCCUCAAGCACAUGUACAAGUUCAGUUCCUACUGUAAACUUAGGAUCCGCAUUCGCGAUGAACACGGAAAAUGGAAAUCAGUAAAAUUCUCAGUCCACAGAUUCUGGCUAAAUACCCAAACCCAACAAUCUUUCCCUGCUGUCAAAUCAAAAUCAAGUAAACAAAACCUUGUCAGGGUAUUCAUGAUAGGCCAAUCAAGUCAAUAUAGUUCGGUAUUUAGGUCCAAUAAUGUGUCCUCUAUUUAUUCUGCCAAGAGAUCUUUACCUUCCGAAUUCAGUGAUGUAUAUUUCUGCAAGGCGGCGGCUGAAUUGGUUACUUACUUGAACGUGAUUGCUGACGUCUCUUUAUUUUCGGAGUCUGAAUCACGAGGUGCUGAUGUGGUACACAUCCACGGUUCUAUCAAUGCUCUCGCCGUUGAAUUCAUCAAAGAAUUUCAUAAAGAUAAUAAUCCCCAGAAUAUUCCUUCGUCAACAGUAUAUACCCUGCACGAUCACUAUGACGAACAGCUCUACUCUGUCGGACCCAAGAAUCUAAAUCGAUUCGUGGACGCCAAAAAAUUUAGAGCUAGAAAUUUACGUUACUUCCGUGGAGAUCGAUUAUUCCCCUCACCGCUAGGAAUAAACGGAUCAAAUGUCGCGACCUUCGUAUCAAAAGAAGGAGCACAAUACAUUGUGGAGAGGACACCGGAUUUUUACAUGAGAGGGUUGAUCAUGCCAAGUAUACUGCUAAAGGCGGAGAAUAGACAAUGGGUGGGAAUAAACAGAGACCUUGAUCCGAUCACCUUAAGUCCAUUCGACAGCACCGUGUUGUUAGAAAGCAAUUCCAUUUAUCCAGAUAACAUCGAUUCAUUUAAUGUUGAUCUAUUCUACGCUGAAGUCGCCGAAUCCAUGGAAUUACAACCGUUGAUACACACCGCAAAGAUGAAUGCAAAGAAAUACCUGAUUCGUGAAGGUUUAUUGGAAGAGGAGGAUCUAAAAAAACCAUUACUAUUUUUUACUGGUAACUUUGGAUAUCAUAAAGGAUUUCAAUUCUUUGAUUCUGUAGCAGGAAUCCUGAAAAAGCAUAACGCGAAAAUCAUGAUUGUGGUGCCGAAAGAUGACUUACCGCGCGACGAAGGUGGUGACAAUGUAGAAGAGUUGAUGGGUAAGUAUCCGGAUGAGGUGAUGGUGUUUCAUGACGAGCAAAUGGUGGCUGAAUGGGAGGCACUAUUUAGAGCAGCCGCGGAUAUGCAAUUCUUGCCUUUAUUUAAGGAACCGUAUGGAAUGCUGGAUACGGUCGGAGGGUUCUUGUUUGGAAAUAUGAUAGUGGGGAGUGGGACAAGAGAGUCCAUAGAACUCUUUGUUAAUGAAACACUCAAGAAGAAUACGGAUAAGGAUGGAUCGGAUAACAACGGACAAACACCGGAAAAUUUGGCAGAGGAUGAUCGGAACGAUAAAGAGAUUGAACAAUACCAUAAGUCUAUUUCAUAUUUUUCAUUUGAUUUUGAUCCGCGUGAUUUAAAAAGUACAAUUGAAAGUUUGGAUCUUGGGCUAGAGCUCGCUGUCGAGAAUUGGAAGAGCAUGGAGUCGGAUGUUAGGAAUGGGGAGUUGUUUCUGAGGAAGUUGAUUAAAGACGCGCAAAGAUUGAUUCGGAAUUCAAAAAAUGAUGAGAUUGAGAGGUAUAAGAAGGUUUAUAAGGUGGCGAUGUUGCAGACGAAUGAUGAACUGGUUGAGGCACAGAAUGUAAUGGAAACAUAA